UUCCGGCGUGGGUUAGCUCACUAGCUUAGAAGGAGGUCACCGCGUUAUGCUAGAAGUAAUAGUAUUGCCGCUUUUAUACUUUUUUUUUGCAACGUGUCAAGGCAGUCUUCUUGCGCUGGAACGGAGCGACGUAGUGCCUCUCAGUCUUCAAUUUUCGCGCUUGUCUGUCUCAAAUUCAGACAACUACGUUACCAGCAAGACAAUCUCUGAGCUGGACGGUGAUGUAUACCCUCUACUCGGCUAUCAUUUUGUUAGAAGAGAAGGAUACAUAGUCAAGACUCAACAUGAAGGAACGGUACCUGUGUAUGUAUUCUAUCAUCCACAAUUAAACGAUCACGUUCUCGCCAAUUCAUCAUUUGCAGAGAAUGGAUAUCAAAAACUGUACCUCGUGGGCUAUCUUUUUGUGCAGCAGUCUAAUCACACUACUCCUCUGUAUCAAUACUAUAGCCACAAGUUUAAUGAUCAUUUUGCCUGUGCAACGUCAGUUGGAGUGAAGGACGCUACAGCAGCUGGUUAUGAUUGUUUAGGUAUCAUUGGGUAUGUUCUGAUUUCAGAGCCAAUUUCUAAAUUUGUAACACUUACUCAAGACAUGAAUGGGAUAUGGUGGCUUGCACAGGGAGAAAAUCGUUUCAUGACUGUUGGAGUUAAUCAUGUUAAUAAUGGUGGAAUGGAUGAUGGUGUAGGUGGGAGGGAAAGCGUUGAGUGUCAGAAGCAAUAUUUGAAUUGUGGAGACACGUUGUCUUUUGCUCAAGCUCUUGGAUAUUCUCCAUACUACAACUCAACUAUGGCAAGGUAUGGCAGUGGAGAAAAGUGGGCUAAUAAUACACGUCAGCGACUACUGCAGUGGAAUUUUAAUACAAUUAGUGGCUGGAGUGCUACAGUGAUGGAACAGCAGCCAGGACUGCUUUACUGCCAUUUAUUAGAUAUUGGAACUACGUGGCUAAAUCAUAGCAGUAUGGGAGAUGUAUUCAGUCAGGACAUGCGUGACCAAAUGUACGGCAUUGCUGCCAAACAGGUGGCACCUCGAGCUAAUGACACAAACUUGAUCGGUUGGCAAUUUGACAACGAAUUCAAUGUAAACCAGGACUUUCUUUCGCAGUACCUUUCAAUGAAGAUGUCCUCUGCAGGAGAGCAACGUGCUGUGAAAUUUCUUCAAGAUCUUUAUGGCACAAUCCAAGAUCUAAAUAAGGCGUGGAAUAUCAAUGCUACAAGCUUUGAUGAUGUAGUCAAUCAUCUUCAUGACCAUAGUCUCAAUAUGACAGAAUACUCCAUGAGUAUGAACAAGUUUACUUUUAUUUGGGCUACUCAAUACUUUAAUUUGUCUUCGGCUGCCAUAUGGCACUAUGAUUCCAACCACCUCCUCUUAGGCAUGAGGUCGUCUUCACAGAACCCACAAGCCAUUCGAGCUAUGUUACCAUAUGUUGAUUGGGUAGAUCAACAUAUGUAUUCUGAUCUUCCUCAGAUGAAUGUACUUGAAGAAAUCCAUCAAGCAACCGGCAAACCGGUUAUUGUUGGAGAGUUUUCGUUUACAGCGGUUGACUCAAAUCUUCCGAAUACAAAAGGAGCCCGAGCUCACAAUCCAGCUACAACACAAGAUGAAAGAGCUUCUCUGUUCACAAAAUUUGUCACUGAGUUAGCAAAAGCCAAAUUUAUUGUGGGAUAUCACUGGUGGCAGUGGGCUGAUGAGCCAGCAACUGGACGAUGGCCUGAUGGAGAAAAUUCAAACUAUGGUCUUGUUCAUAUUGAUGAUGAUGAAUAUCAUGUGCUUACUAACGAGAUGACCAGAACAAACAAAGCUGUCCAAGACCUGCACAAACAACUGUGCUCUUGUUGCUCACUCAGCAGAUGACAUAUAACACAUGGUCAAUUGUUUUCAUGAUGCCUUGAAGAUGUCCUCCUUUUUCUUAUCUUGGAAGUGUUCUUUCAGACAAUUGCACUGCUGAAAAAGACAUAACAGCUCGGUUACAAAAAGCAGGUGGGGCUUAUGGUGCUUUACAGAAGAGACUUUGGAGUUAACGAGGAAUACAAAUGAGUACGAAAGUACAGAUUUACAAAGCAGAUGUGCUUUCAACUUUCAUGUAUGGGUCCCAGAUGGACCUUAUACCAGAAGACAUUGAAGAACUGGAAAAUUUAUCUCAGCUGUCUUCGGCCGUAUUUUGAGAAUACAUUGGACAGAGAGGGUAUCCAAUAUUGAAGUCCUGAGAAGUGCUGGUAUGAGUGGGGUAGAAUGUAUGCUGAUGAAGCAGAAGUUGAAAUGGAUUGACCACAUAGUCAGAAUGGAUGACAGAAGACUGCCAAAGCAAUUAAGUUCUUUAGGUCAACUGCUCCAUGCACCAAGACCAAAGUUAGGUACAAAGACAAGAUUUGGCAUCAUUUGCGAAAAGUCAACAUCUCUCCAACAAACUCGGAAUUCGUAGCUUCUGAGCAUUCUACUUGGAUAGACAAAAUCAUGUGUGGUCUAAGAAGUUUUGAAACAGAGAGCGUGAAGAAAAUUAGAAAAUUGAGAGUCAAUGCGUCAUGAAAUCCUUACUGGAUUCACCACAAGUCAACAUAUACAUGUAUGUCAUUCUCUGUCAGUCUGUUUGUCUGCCAAUACAUACCUUUCCAACAUUAGAACAGCAAUGACACGUUUCUAAAUCACAAAUUCUUUAUCAACUGACAACAGGCUAUUCCACAAGACUGUGACUGUAAUUCCUUGCUUGAUGAAAGAUACAACAGUCUUGGACAGCAGCUGUCCUCCAUUUCACAUCACAUGGCAUUUCCAAUAUUUUACAGGUUUGCCCAAAUAUUUGCUCUACUGCUCUGACUCAUGCCAGCUGAACCACCAUGUUAUCAUUGCUCUAAUGCUGCCUUACUCUUUAGUUAAGGUCAGAGAUAAACUUCACAGGACUAUGGGAUUCAUUAAUCAACUGUAGUUGGCGCUGAUUAAACACAUGUUGUAUGAGUUGUGUGUGGAAUCGAUUUGUUACCUUGGAAUUUUACAUUUCUGAGUAAAUUGGUAAAACUUGUACACUCUGUAUCCAACAUGACUGAACUGAACAAACCUGUAGUAGCCUGCCACAGUUCCUGUAAAUUAGAUGUGAAAGCACAUACGAUAUUGUAUAAAUAUUUGGAUGUGCAGUACGAGUCAAUUCAGCUAAAUGAAUGAUUGUGGUGGAACACAGGUACGCUUGCAAACCAAACUGAACGUAUAUUGUGCUGUUGUCAUCUCACCAUUGCUAUAUGGUUUCGGAACAUGGACGUUAUAUCACAGGCAUGUCAAAAGUUGAGACUGUUUUCACAUGAAGUGUCUGCACAAGGUUGCUGGUAUCAGAUGGCAAGACUUGAUUCCUAAUACGGAAGUUCCUAGAAUCUGCAACAUGAAUGCUAACGAGACAUUCCUUCUAUGAGCACGAUUUCAUUGGUCAGGGCACUUGGUUUGUUCGAAUGAUGACAGAAUACUGAAGGCUGUGUUCUACGGACAACUGAAAGAGGGAGCACGUUUACAGGGAGGUCAAAAGAAAAGAUUCGAAUCUUGCAACUACCAUUGCAGCACCCAAUAUACCUGUCGCAUCUAUGGUUGUGUAUGUGAAUUACCAUAGGGGUAUUUCGACACGGACAAAGCCAUAAAUUAUAUUUGU